GCGUUGGCAGAAGUUCCACCCCAGCGAAGUUCGGGCCCUGUCUAUUGUUUAAUUAACUUCAAAUUCGCGUGACAGAAGACGGGACAAUGCCCGUGCAAAGUGUGGCGCUCCGGGAUGCGUCGAUUCAAUAUCGUUUACUUUCUCAGUAUCUAUUUCUUCUGAAGAAAUAUCCAAUUCUGACUAAAUCUGUAACAAGUGGCAUCCUCUCAGCCUUGGGAAAUCUUCUUUCUCAGAUUUUGGAGGCAAGAAAAAAGUCCCAAAGUGAUGCUUCUGUCAAAGGGAUUGACACAGCUGGAGCUGCACGCUAUGCCAUUUAUGGUUUGUUGGUGACUGGACCACUCAGUCAUUACUUUUACCAGCUGAUGGAGAUGUGGAUGCCAACUACAGAUCCGUACUGCGUCGUCAAACGUCUGCUUUUGGAUCGCCUUGUUUUUGCUCCUGGCUUCCUGAUGAUUUUCUACUUGGUUAUGAACAUCCUGGAGGCAAAAGGGUUGGAUGACUUUAUCAAGAAGAUUAGAGGAAGCUACUGGACUGCUUUGAAGAUGAACUGGAAAGUUUGGACACCUUUCCAGUUCGUAAACGUCAACUUUGUGCCUGUUGAGUUCCGAGUGCUAUUUGCCAACAUGAUCGCCUUAUUUUGGUAUGCUUACCUUGCAACGGUGAGAAAAUGAAACGUCCCAAGAUUUCAAGCGAGGAAAAUAAUCUGGAGUAAGUCGAUAUGAUUGCGAGUGCCAGCAAACGUUGAGUUCUACUGCCAGCUGUCCAGCAGUGGACUGAUGUGGACAAAUAAUUCACACUUACACAAUGACUUUUAACACUGUGAUUUAAUUUUGGAUACUUGACUGGUUUUGUGCAAGCUUUAAAAUGUAACAGAGAUCUGCCAAAUGGGAAUGAAAGCAUGAGAUGUAUGACUACUGUGGAUCAUAAUGUAUUCGUCCAAAAUAAAUUUAAGAGAAUAAUAGUCAUUUGACUUUGAAGAAUACACACACCAGCACAUAUUGAAAGAAAAAAGAUUGCAGUCAAGCUAACCUAAGUGCAGGUGGCUCUUCGUCAGCCUCCUCUCAGGCGAAAGGUCAUGUCGAUGGUGCUCAAAGCUCUGACGUUGUAGUCCUCUAGUUUCCCGCUCGCCAUUUCACGGCCUUGAUGAACGAGUCUCUGCUGGCUCACUGGAACCCCCUCUCUGCUCGCCACCUUCUGCUUGA